AUGGCAAAGGGAAACACUUUAAAGCAAGACCUCUCUGUUAAGGGAGCUGGUAAAAAGGUCAACAUCAUUGCUCCAGCUGCUGCCAAGAAGUCCUCAGCUGCUGCUGCUGCCGUCAAGAAGGGAACUUCCAGCGGUGCUCCACGUAAGAUCAGAACCUCUAUCUACUUCAAGCGUCCAAAGACCCAAAUCUUGGAAAAGAACCCAGCUUUCCCAAAGAACUCUGUCAAGAGAGUCUCCAAGAUGACUGAAUUCCGUAUCCUCAAGGCUCCACUCGCCACCGAAUCAGCCAACAAGAAGAUCGAAUCUAACAACACCAUCACCUUCAUGGUAGACAUGUUCGCCAACAAGAUCCAAAUUGCCCAAGCCAUCAACAAGAUGUACAACGUCAAGGCCAAGAGAGUCAACACCUUGGUCACCCCACGUGGUGAAAAGAAGGCCUUCGUCAAGUUAGCUCCAGAGUAUGAUGCUGCUGAUGUUGCCAACAAGAUUGAUAGGACAGAGAUGAGUAACAUCAAACAAAGAUUGGAAGAUGGAUUAAGUGGAGCUGUGUUUUCAGUGAUUCAAUGGUUCAAUGGCAAUGAUUAUCACAAAGCUGUUAAUAAUGCUGCUGCUGUAGUUUUAAAUAAUACUAAUCAAAACAACAAUAAUAAUAACAAUAACAAACAAACAGUCAAAUAUAUUAAAGAUGCAAGUGGAUAUCUACUCAAUCAUAAACUAAACAUAUUCUUGGUUGCAUUUGGUGGUGGAGUAUAUUAUCUAUACAAUAAUAUAACCAAUUCACAUCAUCAAAUAUUAAAAAGAGCUGCUCAACAAAGAGUAACUAUAUAUUUUACAAAUACACAAGCAACAUGUGAUCAAUCAACAGCACUGUUUCUACAAAGUUUGGAUGAAAAGUUGGAAGCUGCAGUUGGUGCACCAUCGAUUCAAGAUAUAAGACAAGCUAAAGAUGUCGAACAAAAACAAAGAUUAAGUGAAAAAUUAAAGGUUGCAAUAUUUACAAAAGUUUUUAGUACAUUAUAUAUAAUACCAUUAUUAAUGUUAUUUAUAAGAUUACAAGUUAAUUUAAUUGGAAGAUAUUGUUAUCUAGAACAAAUAUUAAAACAACAAACCGAUAUGAAUCCAUCACCAGAAACCAACAAAGAUUCAUCGGCAACGAAUCCAUUAUCAACGACAAGACCUAUUAGCGAAGACACUGAAUCUAAAUUCUUUUCCAUUUCCAAUACUAUAUUGGAACAUAGAUUUGAAGAGUUUGUACAACAAAUUGAGAAUCAAGUAUCUCUAGUUUUGGAAGACUAUAAAAUCGAUCAACAAAUUAGUUAUCAAGCACUAUUACAAGUGUUUUUAAAGAUUAGAUCUCAUUUUGAAUCAAAACAAGCCUUAUCAUCGUUGGCUCAAGAAAAUUGUUUAACUAGAUUCCUUUUACCAAAAAAUAAUAAUAAUCAAAAUAAUAGUGAUAAUAAUAAUGGUAGUGAUAAUAAUGGUCAACAACAAGAGGAAUCAAUAUCAUCUGAUAGAUUAAUGUUAUUAAAUGAAAUUAAAAAUAUUUUUGAAAGUGAUAGUUUUAUUAAAGUAUUGACAGAAUCAAUGAAUCAAUCAUUUUUACAAUUUACAGAGAAUGCUAGAACUAUAUUUGAGGAUCAACAAAAACAAGCAAGAGCACAACAACUUGAACAAAUGGUAGUUGGCGUUGACGAUCUCAUUACAUCGUCAUCGAUCAUGCCAAUUGAUAUCGCAUCGAUCAUUCCUAAACUCAAUCCAAUGCAUAUGAUUGUAUUGGUGCCAAAACUCAACAAACAACAUUCACAAACUACAACACCCGAUCAUAUUCGAUCCAUCAUUGAAAGAAUUAAAAAUCAACCUCUAGUCUACCAAUUUAAUCUUUCCAUUUUAACAAAUGUUUCAGAUUUAAAUAAAUUGGAAUAUUAA